AUGGAUUUCGAGGAAGAUGACCCUUGCAGCGACUCCGCCACAUCGAUGGAUUCGGCGGACGAAGAUGAUGGAAUCAGCAUAGAAACUUCGAAUUAUGACAAUGAAGAAGAAAAGUGCGACUAUUCAGUACGUUGGAAUUUAAAAACACUGUUUAUUUAAUUGGCGAAGUAUUCUUAACAUAUCCUUUAUUUUAAGAUUAUCAAUUACGACAAUUUGCUCAUCGAAAUGAACAGCCUGGCCACGGACACCUCUGCCGUUAUCGGGAUCUCUCCUGACAUUUGCAAAGUGCUCCUUCACGACUUCCAAUGGAACCGGGAAAAUUUAAUUGAAAAGUUAGUUGACUUUUUCCUUUGUUUCAUCAAUGGAUGUGACUCAUCUAUAAUAUUACGGUUUCACGCUGAUAGAUUAUCUGUACGAAUUUUUUAGAUUCUAUGAAGCGGGUGACAAAGAAAAAUUCCUGGAAUCUCAUAACGUCGUCGACGAUGAUGGCGCAUUGAAGUGCAGAGAUAAAGAGGGUUGUUGUGAAAUCUGUUAUGAACAGGAUAAGGUGUACGGCCUCUCUUCUGAUCAUGUAUAUUGUGACAAUUGUUGGAGAAACUAUCUGACCAUCAAAGUAAGGGUUUUUGUUAGAUUACGUUUGGAUUUAGAUCAGAGAUGAAGGAGCGAUGUUGAUAACUUGCCCGGGGUUGAAAUGCGGGAAAAUACUAAUUGAAAAAAUGAUCACUGCCUUUAUUUCCGAUGAAAUAAUCCUCAAAAAGUACAAAAAAUUGGUUGUUAACAGUUUUGUACAGGUAAGAAUUAGUCUAUUGUUGAUUAUUUUUCGGUUAGAGCAAUCUAAAGCUCAAAUGGUGUCCUGCCUUAGACUGUGGCCGAGCUGUCAAAGUGCCUCAUGCAGAAUGUCGGCCAAUAAAGUGUGAAUGCUCUAUGGUAUUUUGUUUCAACUGUUCUCAAGAAUGGCACGAUCCAGUCUCCUGUGAUAUGCUCAAGUUAUGGUUGAAAAAAUGCAGCGAUGACAGCGAGACCUCUAAUUGGCUGAACGCCAAUACAAAGGACUGUCCCAAGUGUCAUGUGACUAUCGAGAAGGAUGGUGGUUGCAAUCAUAUGACGUGCAAAAACGUGUCUUGCAGGUUCGAAUUCUGUUGGACCUGCCUUGGUCCGUGGAAACCGCAUGGAUCUGGUUGGUAUUCCUGUAAUAGAUUUGAUGAUAGCGAAUCAAAAAAGGCCAGGGAUGCCCAAGAAAGGUCGCGGGCAGCUCUGCAGCGAUAUCUUCAUUAUUACAACCGAUUUGUCAACCAUCAGAACAGCUUGAAGUUAGAGAAUAAGGUACGGACGCUUUGCUAAUUCGUGAUUAUGUUUACAGCUUUAUGCUCAAGUUCAGGAGAAGAUGCUGCAAAUGCAGCAACGUGGUUUCUCGUGGAUCGAAACCCAGUUCUUGAAGAAAGCCGUCGAUGUGCUGAGUGAAUGCCGUCGGACUUUAAUGUACACAUACGCAUUCGCUUUUUACCUAAAACAAGACAAUAUGACCAACAUUUUCGAGGGAAACCAGCAGGAUCUGGAGUUGGCCACGGAACAGUUGAGUGAAUUUUUGGAAAGGGAUUUGGAGAAGGAGAACCUAGUCUCCCUGAAGCAGAAGGUCCAAGACAAGUACCGUUAUGUGCAGCAACGCCGAACUGCGCUUCUUGAACAUGUGACUGAAGGCCGCGAAAAAAAUGAAUGGAGUUUUACAGUGACCUUUUAA